AUGCACCGAAUCAAAAACCACGCGCAUUCGUCCGCGAAGACGCACAGAUUCAAUCCCUGGUCUAAGGAUCCUGGUGUUGCUACUGCUGCUGGACUUCCUCCUACAGCCAACGGCGAUGGCGAGCCCGAGAAGUCGACGACCAAAGUCCCUCUUACACGUCGGUUCACGAAGAAUCUGCGCACCAUCUUCUUGCGAUCGUGGAUCAACAUUCUUCUAGUGUUUGUCCCUGCUGGAAUUGCCGUCCACUUCGCCAACGUCGAUCCAAAUGUUGUCUUUGCCCUCAACGCUAUUGCCGUCAUUCCCCUAGCAGGUCUGCUCACCUUUGCCACCGAGUGCGUUGCUGCAAAACUCGGCCCCACCCUGGGCGCGCUGCUCAAUGUUUCCUUCGGCAAUGCUGUCGAGCUCAUCAUAUUCAUCAUCGCCUUGGUGAAAAACGAGAUCAGGGUUGUUCAGGCUGCGCUCAUCGGCUCGAUCCUUGCAAACUUACUUCUCAUCCUUGGCAUGGCUUUCGUGGUUGGCGGCCUCCAAUACCGGGAGCAAGUCUACGAUAGCUUGGUGACGCAGAUGUCGGCAGCUUUGUUGGCGCUUGCGGUGCUAAGCUUGCUCAUUCCAACAGCCUUCCACGCCUCCUUCAACGAUCUAGAUAUGGCAGACGAACGAGUAUUGAAGCUAAGUCGGGGCACGUCAGUCAUCUUACUGAUCAUGUACCUGCUGUACCUGGCCUUCCAACUGAAAUCGCACUCGUACCUAUAUCGGGGCACCCCUCAGCACGUCAUCGACGCCCAAACUCAGCCUGGAAUUGGACCGGGUAUCCUGGCGAGAAUGAAUUCCUCCAGCUCCUCUACCUCAUCCUCUACAUCCAUCUCAUCAGCGACAGGAUCGCAGCGUCGUGUCAAGAGAAAAUUGAGGAUCUCCAAGCUUGGCAAGCGCAGGUCACCAGAGGUCACGCCAGACGAAGAAGGCUGGACCGAGGAGAAAGCUGAGCAGAGCAAUCAGAAGACUAAGGAGCAGACUAAUAAUCCAACCAAGGGAAAAGAGGUGGCGCUGGAGCCCGCCGCCGCUACUGCCUCCGGAACCUCUGCUCGACCGAAGAUGGGACUUAAGCAGUUCUCCUUCAUCCCCGCUCCACCCGUGUUCCGCUCUCAGGACAACUCGCUCCAGCGCUCCUACAGCGACUACCCGAUCCGUAGGCUGCGAUCGGACCCUCGCCAAUGGAAAUCUGACAACAUUACCCACUCUCCCACAAUGAUGUCGUAUAAUGAGAAGCACUCAGAGCAGCAGCCAGAGACUGAAGAGCCCGAGCUUACCAAGAUGGCGUCAAUAGUCCUCCUAUUGUGCUCCACAGGACUGGUUGCUCUAUGUGCUGAGUUCAUGGUGGGAUCGAUUGAGCAUCUGGUCGAGAACAGUCCUCUCUCUGAAGCAUUCGUUGGCUUGAUCAUCCUACCCAUCGUCGGAAAUGCCGCCGAACACGUCACUGCCGUCACCGUGGCUGCGAAGAACAAGCUGGACCUGUCGUUGGGCGUAGCUCUCGGCUCAUCCAUCCAGAUCGCCUUGUUCGUCACACCGCUCGUCGUGAUUCUCGGCUGGAUCCUGGACAAGGAGAUGAGUCUGUACUUCAACCUUUUCGAGACCGUGACGAUCUUCGUCUCGACCUUCGUGGUCAACUUCCUGGUGCUGGACGGUCGCAGCAAUUAUCUCGAGGGUGCAUUGCUGUGCGCAUGUUAUGUCAUCAUUGCAGUGGGUGCCUAUCUUUUCCCCGACAGCGAAAGUCAAAGUCCUAGUACAGCUGGGCCUGGUGGAGGAUAG